AUGGGCAACGUGCAGUCGGAAGCAUCCCAAGACGUAGACCCCGCGCAGGGCAAAGACAAGAAAGGCAAGCCAGGAGCGGAUGACGGGUGCUUGGCUGGCACGCCGAGCGGGGCCGGGAGCGAAUCGGGAGCCCUCCCGCCUCCUCCUGAAACCUUGGCAGCGAAAGAGCCUUCCCAGCCACUCAACAGAGAGCCGGGGAGAAGAGAAAAGCAGGCGGCUUCCUCAGAGAUCUGCAAGAAUUGCUCCAAGCCCAAGCUGCCUUCUGUGUGGGUUCAGAAUUCCAGCAGCCUCAGCAGACAUCCAGACCUUGGAGACAAUGACUCCGCUCAGGAAUUGGGGCGAGGGAAGGCAGAGGAAACCGGAUUGAGCUGCCUAAGUGGCAAUGCCAGCUUGGCCACAGAGCCGAGCCCGGCGCUGGACAUCCCAGGCACCCACCAAGGGGAACCUAAGGGCCAGAAGGUGACAUCCAGGUCUCAAAACCUGCCCCCCGAGCAAGACUUGCUGAGGUCCAAAAAGCCAGCGCCCAAGGGGAAGAGCAAAGGGGAGAUCGUUUCCAUCAUGAAGCAAGGAGGCCAGGGCGACCUUCUAGGCAAGAGUGCCGCUGCCCCAGUGCUGCUGGAGCGGGCGCAGGGGAUCGGCAUGCCCAAGGGCACGUCGGGACCAGACAGCUGCAGCCAGCCGGCCCUGACCAAGACACAGACACAGAGUUCAGUUCUGGACAACCCCGCCCGUUCGGAUGCUCCAAACCCCAGUGACCAGGGUGGGCCAAAAGAUGCGACAGAAAGGAACCCGACCAGGACAGCUCUCCCAAAGCCCCCGGCUAUGUCAGGAGGGAAGAAACAGCCCCCGCCUCAUGAGGAAGGCUCCCCUGGCAGCCAUGGUGACUCAAAGGCACCUGCCAGUCCCUGCCAAUCGCCCACCGGCCAGGCCACGACCCAGGGCAGCAGAGCAAAGGAGCCCCCGGGGAGUGAAGAGGAUGGGGUGAACGCAGAGGGGGUGCAGGCCCUGCUGGAACAUGGCCUGAGCUUCCUGUACAAGGUCACCAUCCAGCCUGGGCAGCGGCCGCCUAGUGUCAAGGCGAUAAAGCACCGGGCCGGCCUGAUCUCCUCCGGCAUCUCCUAUGCCGACGCCCUGAAGCAGUGUCCCCAGAAGAAGGCCCCAUCCAGUGUCUCUGGGUCACCCAAGGUGGCUGAGAAGCUGCCGUCGGUCAAGGGGCUGGAGAGGAGAGAUCAGGAGGAUCUCAGCUCCUUGACCCAGGCCUUUUUGGAGCAGUUCCAGAAAAUGGGCACUAAGGAGCAGGCCUCACCCGCCACCCAGCCCCAGAGCCAGGCCAAGCAGCAGCUGCAUCUGGUCAAGAUCCUGGAUGACCUCACCUCCUUCAACUUCAGGAGCCUGGAGGGUCAAAAGCCCAGAGUGCCCACCCCGUACCCACAGCGGCGCAAAGGCCAGAGCAGAAAUAGCCCCAGGUUCGGAUCAGACGUGUCUCGGCUGGCGUCCUUCUUGGGCAAUGGCCCCAAGCUUGAUGAGCUGAGGCAGGACGAGGGCCACCCGCAGCCCAUCAGGGCCUGGCUGGCUGACGACACUAGGAAGGACGUGGGUCCCAACGGAGAACCUCCUGGAGAACCCCCUCAACUUAGCCCUGCCUUCAUGGUGGAGCCGGAGCAGCUAAUACAAGCUGGAACGACCCAGCAGCGGAAGCCAGAGACACCGUCCCAAGAGGCAAAUCCACCAGUGAGGGCUCCUGGUCUACCCACGCCAGAAUCACCUGCCUUGCCUUCGGGAGGGGCUGUAGCCGCCAGUACAGUCCAGCCUGGCAAAGGAGAGGACCAGCUCAUGGCCCUGCCUGGGCAGGAGGCCAUUCCUCCCACUCCUGCCCCUCUGGUGCAGAAGUGCCCAGUGGCUCCCCGCUCCUCCUGCCCCAUGGGAGCUCAGCGCCAGGCAGCACUGGAGCAGAGCAGCGCCUCCAAAGGGGCGCCAGGCCAUGUCAGGCCAAAGGCAAGGAAACAGGCCAUAACUAAGCUGCAUCCCCGGUCUAUGUGGCAGCCCAAGGUGGCAGCUAGCCCCGUCCAGAAGCCGCAGGAGAAGCUCAAGGCCCACGGACAGCCAAGGGCCAAAGCGCAGAAGAUCAAAUUGCAGAGGCAGGGUCGGGAAACCCCGGAGCCACAGGUUGCCCCAGCUGAGCCCUGCCAGGACGCAGCCUCAGAGCAGGGUCCAGAUGGCUCGCACAACAAGCCCCAGGUGUCCACUCGCCACUGGCCGCCGUUCCAGAUCAUGGAUUCAUGCCCCAGGAAGUGUUACUGCAAGCACCAGGAUCAGAGGAAGCUGCCCAGGAACAUCUCUGCGUGGCUGAAUCCCUCCGCCAACCACCUGGCUGAACCGCCCUGGGUCUCCACUGCCAUCCUGGCUGGAUCGCUGGUUGCCGGCACCAGGUUCGUCCUGGAUUCAUACGAGCAGCAGACAGGAGACGACGACUGA